AUGAACUCAUGGAGGUGGAACAAGCCGAACGGAAAGAGCAGAACCUCCCGUAAAAAUGAAGCCCAAGCCCAAGAAGCCGAACAGCAACACCAACAGGAGCAGCGCGAUAUCAAUGGCCCUCCAGCCCCAGCAAAGAAGAGUCGACGGAAGGAACAGGAUGAUGUUCCGCGAGCAAGCCGCAGCGAAGUUUCUGCACGUAUUGUUCGAAGAAAUGUCCAACAGCGCCGCGAGACUCCUGAACGCCCUUCGAGAGUAUGAUUUCUGUUGCCUUCUAUUAUCCUAAGACGUCAGCCGAAAGGCAACUUCAGAGGUCAGCAGAAGCCUUAUAUAGUAACACACCUUGGGGGGUUUUCGGUCGUAAGGAGCACAGUUUUGAUCCACAACGCAGAUCUGGAUCCCCAAAGUUAUCAAGUCGAAGGCCUUCCCGUCGUAAGGGCAACAGCCAUUCGGGUCACCAUCCUCUACACCCCUAGCGUAAGCACCAUCCUCGGCACCGUCGUUUCUUUUUGCUCAAAAUCACAUCACGGUGACCGAACAAGAAGGCUUUCUAUGUGCUUUCUAACCGCCAACCAGCCAUUCACAGGCACGCCUCUUCUGCAGAAGGCCAACCUUUGAUCUGAUUCCAAGCCGAACUUCCAGGUUGGGUCGCGCAGUUCACUGGAGACGCCCCCGCAUUAUACGGACUCAACCCAAGAGCGAUCAAUCGUUUUAUGGUUUACCACGUAAGGGCCCAGUGAGACCUGGCACUCGCCAGACCCGUCUGGAAAUGAUAAGGGACAUAAUUAACUUUCGAGAAAAGAAAAACAAAUUGUAAAGGAGUAGGAUAGGUGGGAUUACAAUUUUUUCUCCUCGGAGAGCGGUCGGUUUUUCCUGUCCACCCAUGCCGUCGCGGGCACGAAAGGCUUUGCCCUGGGACUGUAGCCAUCGAUCGUAUUGCAGUUCGUACAGUCAAUGUUGAUCAAUUCGAAGCGAGAGGAAAUUGGAGCAGUGCGAGAAAUCGCUGGAAAAAGGAAACGGUGGAAGCUAAUCUCGGGAUAUCUAUGUACCGUUCAGUUCUGGUAG